CAUACAUAGUUCCAGGUUUCUAAUUAUCUGAUCUCUCGCCAACUUUUCAUCGAAAUAAUUAGCCAGUCUUGUGAAAAUUCCCACAAAUUUACUAAGAAUACCUUAUUGAGCAGCAACAAUAUGGGGAUUAUAAAAUUUAUGCCUAAACGUGACAAAGAACGCAAACGUGGUUGAUAUUCGCAUUUUCGUGAAAAAUCGAGUGACAAGUGAAAAAAGGUGCCACCAAUAAUCAGCAGAUUGUAUAUCGCAGCAGCAGCAGCAAUAGUCGAAACAAAAUAUAAAAAUAUUUCGUAAAUUGUGUCUAAAAUAUCAAAAGUGAGAAAAGAUUAUUCUGUGGUAAACGUGGUGUGUCUGAAUUGUUGUUGGUUCGCAAUAAUAUUUGUUGUGUGCAAGGAUUUUGGUGUGGCCUGAACGGACGAAGCAUAUAAGUAGCCUAAAACAAGCUGCUAUUUUAAGUACAAAGUGUAGCGGUGUGGUGUUGAAGGGUGAAGUAAACGAUAAAGAAAGAAGAAAAUGAUUGCAACAGAAAAAUAAAGAUGAAAUAAAAAAAUAUUUUCAAGGUUUUGCAGCGCUGUUUACUGCGUUGGAAAGAAAUCUCUUCUGGCACCCCAAAAAAGAAAAGCAUACAAUUUAGCACAAAACAACGACAAUAACAACAACAACAACAGCCAUCGACGACGACGACGACAAAUUGUAAAUCAAACACAUCACAUCUUCCUCUCUGUAGUCGAUCAAAUAACAACACAGCAACAAAGUUAAUUGUUUGUGGUGUAUUGACGAUAGUACAAAAGUGAUGUACAUAUGUGUGUGCUGUGAGUGUCUCAAAAAACACAUAGAUACAAUAAUCAUCCGUCGAUGCCGUCGUCGUAGUCGACGCCGCUUUCAAAUGUAUACAAAAAAUUAAGAAAAUUCAAGAAUGAACAAAAAAAAUACUCUUGGUACACAAUCAACCAAACAAGUGAAUCAACCAAUCGAGACAAUAUAUAUUAGCACAAAAUAUAGUAAGCAAGUAACAAAGACAACAACUGCGUUGACGCUGAAUUAAGCGCUGCUGUUCGCCGUCGACAUCAAAGUUGUCUUAUUUAAAUAUCUGUUGUGUUCAAAAGUCGAAAACGGCAAAAACAAACUAUAAAAACCGUAUCAAUUAUAACGAAUGUUUGUGCGUGUUUGUUGACAAUUUUAUAGACAAAUGCUUUUUUUUAAAGCAAAUGCAUUAAAAAGGUUAUCGAGCGCCUUGACAAAAAAAUAUUAAAUUUUACGAAAAACCACAGUAAAGCUCAAACAAGUAUACAUCAAACUAAUUAAGCAUCGUUAACAUUGUAUUUAUCCCUGACCUUGAUUUCCUGGAGAAAUUAAUAAAAAAGAAAAAAAAACUACAGCAGACUAAAGGAUGUUGGACUUGUAAUUAAAACCAAAUGUUCUCUCUACCAACCACGACCUGUUUGCAUCCAGCUGAUGACAACAAGAACUAAUAACCACUAAAACAAUGCACUCAACAUAGGCUAUUGUCAAUACAAAUCUAACUUUUAGCUAUUAUUUAUUGUAACCUAAAGGCAAUUCGAGAAGAAAAGUCCUUUUUUACUCCAACAACUGUGUCAGCGACUAGUUAAUCAGUCGAAGGACCAAUACAAAUUACACUUGGCUAAAGCAUAUCCAUUGAGAAGAGAAACGGCAUCAAUAUGAAAUACACAACAACAAAUACUGAAAAUCAAAAUACGACAAAUGGUGGCAUCAAUAAUAACAACAGCAACAACAAUAAUAGCAACCCCAAUAACAUCAUCAUCAAUAGCCAUAGUCAUCAUAGCCACAAUAGCGUUAGCAGCAAUAGCAAUCCAGUAGUGCUAUCGUCUCCGACGACAACUACAAACGCAUCCACGACCAAUGGCGGUAGCACCAAUACCACCGGGAAUGCUUUAUUUUGCGAACAAGUGAACACGGUCACCAAUCUCUUUGAGAAAUGGAACGAUUGUGAGCGCACAGUUGUCAUGUAUGCGCUAUUAAAACGUUUGCGCUAUCCCAGUUUAAAGUUUCUACAAUAUUCCAUUGACAAUACCUUGACACAGAACAUGGGUUCUACAUCCAAUCUAAGCACCGUUGUCAUUGACAUGAAUGCAAAUAACCCCUCAUAUUUGCAGAAUUUGCUGAAUGCCUAUAAGACUUUCCAUUUGGGUGAUUUGGUCGAUACACUGUCCUCGUCAUCGUCCGACAAAGAUUCCAUGCCCUCAUGCUAUGGAUCUGAUUUUCAACUAACGCACUGCGAUGAGAGGAAACUGUACGGCAAGAAAGAGGAUAUACUGCAUGAGGUAUUGAAUAUGUUACCUCUCUUGAAGCCAGGAAAUGAGGAGGCCAAAAUCAUAUAUUUAUCAUUGAUACCGUUGGCCGUCAAGGAUACAAUACGACAAAUUGUACCCGCAGAAUUGGUUCAACAGAUAUUUUCAUAUAUGCUAAUACAUUCGGCUAUAUCGAGCGAUGAUCGAAGGUCCCUUAAUGGCUGGCUACGUCAUUUGGAAGAAAACUUGCAGUCAUCUAACAACUGCGCAUCAUUUAAUGUGGGCAUACCACCCGUGCCAACCGUGCAAAACUCAAAUUUUAUGCCAAACCAAAGUAGUCUGAUGGGCGGUUUGUUGUUGGAAAAUCCCACAAUGACCACAUCGGGUUCGUCGGCUACUUCAUCGUCGUCAUCGGCUUUGUCAAUAUCUUCGACCGCGUCUAAUGCUUCGGUGGCUUCAUCAUUUGGUAACUUGACACAGAAUUGCAAUUCGACAGCAAUAUCAUCGCAAUCGAUAAUGGGAUCGCGCAAUACAGACUGGCAAACAAUUCAGCCUCCGAGUAGACAACAGCAGCAGCAACAACAACAACAACAACAGCAUCAACUACAACAACAACAACAAGGUAAAACAACGGACUGGUCAUCGCUGGUGGUCACACCAAACAGCAGUGCGAUUAAUAAUGCGGUUGGCAACAGCAAUCCUCCUGGCGGUGGCAAUGUUGCCAACGGUGUUAGUGUUGGUGUCACUGUCGGCAGCAAUAAUGUUGUUGUUGUUGGAACCAUAGCCGAUCAACUCUGUGAUAAUUUGAAUGGUAUAACUCUGAAUGAACUAGCAUCUAGUCAAAAUAGUUUAGGACUCAACAUUGGGACGAGCAUAGUCGAUUCGCUUGGUGUGGUCGAUACCAACAAUUGUGCAUCACUGGUCAAUGGUUUAGCAGCAGCGGCAGCCUCGGCCAAUGCCGCCUCGUCGGUGGCCACCACACCCAGCCUCUUUGGCCCACAAACAAAUCCGAUUAUUAAUAUAAUUAAUAAUAACAACACCUGUAGUAGUCAAUUGAAUGGCAUCGAUGAUCAUGACACCUCAUUCUCAAAGAAUGGUACUGAAAUUUUAGACUUCGAUCCCAAUGUUAACUCAUUGAAUAAUUGCGAUAGUUGCAGUAACGGAAGCAGUAGUAAUCUUGGCCAGUUGCCGCCCCAAAUGGGAUAUGCCUCUAUACUAAUGAGUAAUUGCGGUGACCAUUUAGAUAUAAACCGCUGGAGUUUGGAUAGUAAAUUUGCCGCUUUAAAAACACGACGUUCCAACAGUCUUACCACUCAAACCAUAUCCUCAUCAGCAUCAUCCUCUAACUCGUCGGUGAUAACUGUUAAUGACAAUUGUUCAAAUUCUACCGAAAAUUUGGCGCAAUUUGCGAAUAAGCCACGCAGCUUUUCUCUUUCGAUAGAACAUCAUCGUGGUUCAUUGACCAACAGUGGAUCGGAUACACGUCUGGAUGAUUUCAAACCGAACUACAUUAAAUUUCAAACGCGAAAUGUCGGCAUGUCUAGCAUUGGACUAUGGUUAAAGUCAUUGCGUCUACACAAAUACAUAGAGCUCUUUAAGAAUAUGACGUACGAGGAUAUGUUGCAGAUAAGCGAGGAAUAUUUACAAAGUUUAGGUGUAACCAAAGGUGCUUCCCAUAAGUUGGCUUUGUGCAUUGAAAAACUCAAGGAGCGUUCCAAUCAUUUGGCCAAAAUGGAACAUGAACUGAUGAGUGGCCAGCUCAAGCUGCAGGCAGCCGUGGAAGAAUUGGCCAAUAUUGUAUUGACGCCCAUGAAGCCAAUAGAAUUGGUGGCUGCCGGCGAUGAUAAUGUUGCUUUAAUGUUUUUGAAAAUUGUAGAUUUGGUGUGCACAAUUGCCCAGAAGGAUCCCUAUGCGGUUGUUGAUGACGAUAACAUCAGUGUUAUAUUAUGGAUUUUGGAUCGUUCCAUACACAAUGAGGCUUUUGUUAAUCACGUUAAUCAAUUGAAGGAAUUGAAAUUCAAGCUGUCAAAAUUAAAGAUGUCUUUAACACCCAAAAUGCAUCAUGCCAAAAACGGCAGCAACGGCAAUUUAAAUAAACCCAGCUUUCAAUUUUCCAGGUGGAAUGGCAAAACUCGCAAAUGCGACCAAAAGAAUGGUAGUAAUGAUCGCAUUAAUCAUCGUAAAAACUCCAAUGAUAUGUUGAACUUCUCGCUGAGCUGUUUGCAGCAGCAGCAUCACCACAAUCAGCAAUUUCAGCAGCAGCAGCAACAUCAUCAUAAUCAGCAGUUACCCGACUAUGAGAAAUAUAAUCAUGGCAGUAAUAAUAAUAACAAUAGCAACAACAAUAAUGCCAACAAUAAUAAUCAAUACAAAAAUGCAGCAUAUCAAAAUUAUCAACACCAGCAUUUCCCUGCUUUACCACAACAGCAUCAGCAUCAACAGCAGCAGCAACAACAACAGCCGCAGAGCCAGCAACAUCGGCGUUCUCUCAACAAUCUGAUUGUGGUAUCUGGCGGAGUGCAACAACCGCAAAAGAUGAUUUUUCAGCCGGGUCAAGCGAUUCUAUCGACGACAAGCGCUGGUGGCGGCAAUGAUGAAAUGUCAGCAAUGGAUAUCAUCAAUCAAAAACAACAGCAGCAGCAGCAAUCGAGGAAAGCCAGCCUAACCUCAAUUAAUAAUAACAAUAAUAAUUUGGAUGCUUUGCAGCAGCAGCACCAACAGCAUCACCAGCCACAACAAUCCAUUGCUGGCCCCCAACACACCUCGUCAUCGUCAGCGGCAGCCAGCGCCGCUGUCGCAUCUGUGCCAAAGAAAACAAUGGCUGCUGUCGUUAUGGUUAGUACCGAUGAUCUCAUGCAAAACUCUGCCUCUGGGGCAGGAGUAAAUGCCACUAGUAGCAUUGUUGUCCUACCUCCAACACCUCAAUCACAACACCCACCCCCACCAUCCACAAAUCAAUCACACUUAUAUUGUUGCCCUCAAAACGGUGGUAUUGUUGUGAAUUCAUCUUCCUUACCUACGCUGAGUGAAAAUUAUACACUCCUCCCCCCUGCCCCCACCACAACAAACAAUGCCACAGAUGUCAACGCAACAAAGACAUCUGUCACCUCCAACUGCAUCAGCAAUUCGGUUAAUCUGAAUGAUGCCAGCAGUUUAGAACAAUUGGAAACGCUAUGUCUUCAAAUGACCGAGCAAGCCAUUAAUUAAUUAGAUUCGUAUGCCCGUCUGGACGGUUUAUCUCUUUUUAUAUGUUUGCAUAGAUUGUUUGUCUUUAAACUGUUAACAAUUUGCUGAAUUAUGUAGUAGUUAAAUAAGACCAUAAUGUUGUUGUUUUCUGGUCUACGCGGGGUUUAUAUCGGAGCUUCAAUGAACGCACACACACACACACACACAUAACAUAACAACUUUGUAAAAGGGCACCCAUGCUUGUAUGGCGGCCAUGACUUUACAAAAAAAAAAAAUAGAUUAGUAUUUAAAAGGACGCUAAUUAAAAUCCCAUAGGCUUGAUGUGUAGUCCAAAAAAAAUGUUUUGGUAAUAUUGGAAUGGCUAUAAAUAUCGUUGUCAAAUUUCGGUGUAAUGGCUAUAAAAAUCGGUUUCAAAAAACGUAUUUAGUAAUUGAUUUAGUCAAAGGCUUUGUAGCUCUUAGUAAUUCGGCAAGAGUCCGUGCCGUUCGUCCUCUCACUGACACUCUCUCCUCGAUACCCGUGUUUUUGGCGACUGCAGUUGCCGCUGCUCCGUAUACUACGGGGCAUUCCACUAUCUGUGGUGGCUUUCAGUUGAGCUUCCAAUGAUAAUAAUGAACAUCAUACAGGCCGGAGCUAAAAGAUCCAGCCUGUGUAUACGCAAACGCGAAUGUCAUGCAAAUUCGGGGUGGGGUAUGCUGGGGGGUACUCCCCUUUCCAAAACUCGCCUUAACGAAUACAUAGGCCGAUCAGCGCAAUGUGGGAUUCAAAUGAGAGGAGAGUAAGAAAACAUUUGGGGACCGCCUCUCCCCGAAAACUCUCCUCAAACCAAACAUAUUUAACGUCUAUAGCAAUAUUUACGUCAAACAAAAGGUAUUUGGGAGUAGAGUACGAAUUUGAUAUCCACUUUCGGAUUGAAUAUUUGGGCCGCCUCUACCCCCAAACUCUCCUCAAACCAAACAUAUUUACCGUCUAUAGCAAUAUUGGCGUCAAAUAAAAGGUAUUUAGGAGUAGAGUACGAAUUUAAUAUUUGCGAUAAUCGGAACCAAUGCUCAGAGAGGUCAACUUUUGUUCCACACAAAGAAGCUGAGCGGUGUGGGCCCCGGUUCAGCUGGUCUUAGAAUAAAAUGAUCCUAAAGCACAUUGGUUAAGUCAUUGCAAAUUGGAAUUAUGUGGCGAUAUUUCGGAAACAAUCACGAUAUAAACAGAUUUGUUACUGUAUAUUGUUUAUGGGUAUAUUCCAAAGUAAAGGAGUUGGCCCAUCUCCUUGAGGUGUCUCGUUACUGACAGCUGUGUAUGUCUACAGAUACCAAGCUUGAUAAACUUUCUUACGGUUAUCUUAACGCUUAGAGUUGCCAGCUCCUUUAUCAUAUGUUUGCGAUUAUAUAUGACAUGAGAGCCUUCCAUGUAGGCGACUAGAUAACAAAGGUCUAUUUCUGUGCCCUUACUAUCGACGUGCUGUUGUUGAACAGCCGAUCUUUAGGAAUCGUUGCCCUUUAAUAUGUACACAUAUGUAUUUGGAUGCUUUGCUCUCUAGAGUAUUUAGCUUAAUAUAUGACAGACUAGGGACCAAAAUCUUUUGCUUUGUGCGUCAUCAUCCCACAGAUAUAUGCGACAUGUCAAAGUUUCAGCCUGUGUGGUGAUCUAAGUUAUACCAUGCCGAGUUUCCAGCUCCUUUAGCUUAGUGGAUUUCAAGCAGUGCUACGAUUGUAUAUGAUAAGGGAGAGGCUUCUAUGUAUUCGACUAGGUAACGAAGGUCUGUUUCGUGGGAGAUGCCCUUGCUUUGGACGUGCUGUUGUUGAGAUAGGCGAACCUUAGGAAACUCUGCCCUUUUAUAUGUGUGUAUCAACGUCUCUAGAGCCUUUAACUUAAAAUACGACAGACGAAUGGGACCAACAUUUUUUGCUUCUAGCUCCCUUUAUCCCACAGGUAUAUACAACAUCCCAUUAAAAGCAUAUUAUAUUCCCUAUAAACCUGCGAGCCAGUGAUACUCGGGCUUGCCGAUUUUAACGAGUCUAAAAAUCUUCUCCCCCAAAAGAUACUUGACCCAAACAAAAUUUCCUCAGUCAUUGGCGCCUUUAAAUAACCAAUUGCAACUCUAUUUCCACGGCGAUCGGUCCUUUAGACCGAUUCCUCACCUACAGGAGCUUGACAAGAAUCGCCACCUUCACAUGAAAAUUUGGUUACAACAACAACAACAAUUUCCUCAACAAUCCCCGACCAUUACAUGUUAGUAUAUUGGAGCUUGGUUGGAGAUUUUUCCGGUAAAUGUGUGUAGAAAUAGUUGUAGUGUUUCCUCAUUAGGGAUUGUCAUCAUAUCAUUGAGCUUAAGAACUUUAUCCAAGAUUUGUUCUAAACAUUAUUUUAAACUCAUUCCUAUGUCCCAUGGCUUUCGCAGGGCAUGUGUCGUAGCCACAUUUGUAGGUGGAGGUAGCGAUCCUCGUCCAGAUCCCUGGAAUUUCAUGGUCAUUGGUUAUUAAAAGGCACCAAUAACUCGCCUCGUCAAAUUGAGUAUCACAGGCACUCGCCAUUUAAGCAAGAGCCGGUGCCGCCCGACCUCUCACUAGGACACUCGAUAUCGCUGAUUGCAGUUGCAUCUACUCCGUAUAGAGCUCUCAGCUGAGCUAAACACCACACACAGAUCGAAACUCAAUGUUUCGGCCUGUGGUGCUGCGCUAACUAUCCCAUGCCGGGCCUUAUUGAAGAGUG